AUGGACCUCCACCGGGCAGCCUUCAAGAUGGAGAGCUCCUCCUAUCUGCCUAAUCCUCUGGCAUCCCCAGCCCUCAUGGUUCUGGCGUCAACCGCUGAAGCUUCCCGCGACGCUUCGAUUCCUUGCCAGCAGCCACGACCAUUCGGCGUCCCAGUCUCCGUUGAAAAAGACGUCCAUUUGCCGUUUAACAAUGGUUCCUACACUUUCGCAUCCAUGUACCACCGCCAAGGUGCAGUCCCACCUGGAUUCCCCAACAGGGACUUUCCUCCAUCCCUGCUCCAUCUCCAUCACCAGUUUGCUCCGCCGAAUCUCGACUGUUCGCCCAUCAGCAUGCUGAAUCACAGCGGCGUUGGUGCCUUCAGGCCGUUCGCCUCGCCUCCGGACGAUCGGGACGGGGCACCGGGCGGAUACCAGUCUGCUUUCACCCCAGCCAAGCGCCUGAAGGGCUGCCUGGACGCAGAGGCGUCCCCCCACCUGCGCUACUCUGACGCCGAGGGGAAAGAGUAUGACUUUGGGGGCUCACAGAUCCCUACCGGAGGCUCACCCAGCAGCGCCUUGAAAGCGGUUGAGGACAGCGGGAAAAAGAUCUUUGCUGUUUCAGGCCUCCUGUCUGAUCGAGAGACUUCCUCCAGCCCAGAGGACCGCAUCGAGCGCUUAUUCUCAGUGACGUGA